AUGUCAUCAAAAUCAAUCUAUGCAUGCUUGUUGAGGGAAAAUAAUGAAGAUCAUUGUGAUUAUUCCAGCUCGAAAUUUUAUAAGUUACUGUGGCAUAGUUGUCUGCUACCCAAAUGGAAGAUUUUUGUGUGGAAGUUGAUUAACAAGGCUCUUCCAUUGCGCCCUAGAAUGAUUAGAAGAGGCAUAAUGGUGGAUGAUAAGUGCCCUUUUUGUUGUAAAGAUGUAGAAACAGAAGACCAUUUGUUUCGAGAUUGUGAGAUAGUACAAAGAGUUUGGUGCGCCAGCAGCUUGGGAAUCAAGAUAAAUGGAGCUGCCCAUAUUAGAUGUGGGGAUUGGGUGAAGAAUUUCUUGGCAUACUUGUGGAAAGGUAAUAAGGAUGGAAGGCAUGACGACAUAGAGUUUGCGGCGGUCUUAUGGGCAAUUUGGGUGACCCGAAAUAAUUUAGUCUUUAGAGGUGGUGAAGUAGACCCAACAGGUGUUAUGUGGAUAAUUGAAAACCAAAAAAGUAUGGCAUGGGCAGCCAUAGACGGAAUCAAGAAAGGCAUACGCAAUGGAGGAGAUGUUGCGCAGGAGGGCUCCAGUUCAAAGACAGAUGGUGUUUUGAUUAAAGAGAGUAUCAACGAUUGCAACAUUCAUAUGCAAGUGGAUGGAGCAUGGAAAAAGGUGCGUAGAAAAUUCGACCCUGAGGCAGCUAUUGGUUGGGUGAUAGAACGAAAUGGAUCUGUUAUAGCAGAAGACGCUUCCCCUAUUAGAUGUAAUAGCGCUCUGAAGGCGGAAGUUCUUGCUUUGCUUGAUGGGAUUCAGCAAGCUAAAAACCGAGGGUGGUGGGAUCUGCAUAUUAUGACAGAUAGUGCAAUACUGGUAGCGGCCUUACGUAGUUUUCCAAACAGUCCUUUUGAGAUUGCGGCUGAAUGUGCUGAUAUUAUUAGAAUAUCUCUAGGAAUGAGAAAUGUCUAUAUUAAGAAGUGUAGUAGGAAUAGGGUUAGAAGGGCUCAUUAUCUUGCAACUAUGGCAAGGAAAAAUGGGUCUUAG